GGUAAACUUUCGACACCGGACCGACUCGUUUGAACUGUUUAACUGCUGCCUUAACUGGAUUUGCUUCUCUCUAGUUCGUCUGUUGUAAUGAACACUGUUUCUGAGAAGACACGAGGACGAGAAACUGGGGAAAAUUAAAUAGGCCUUGAAGAAUCCUGGGAGUUUCCUGACCUCGCUCUGACGGACGUAGCAGGCUCGGACUUCGGGCCGUCGUGUUCUGGACAGACUGGAGGCUGGCACUGCAGUUCGCUACAAGACAGACACACAACAAUAAUCGAGUAAAUAAAAGCUAAACGCAUUUGGCGAUGCCAAAGACUGCUACAUCCGGGAAGCUGAACUACCUUUAGAGUUUAACUGUGCUACACCGGCAGCUAGCAGUAGAGCUAGCCGUGCUACACCGGCAGCUAGCAGUAGGGCUARCCGUGCUACACCGGCAGCUAGCAGUAGRGCUARCCGUGCUACACCGGCAGCUAGCAGUAGGGCUARCCGUGCUACACCGGCAGCUAGCAGUAGGGCUAGCCGUGCUACACCGGCAGCUAGCAGCAGCUCGUGGGUCUGUCUGGUUGUGACCGGCCGACAGCUUGUGUUUUGGGGGAUAGGGGAGCAGUUCACCGUUGCCCUGAAUUCAAGAGGACUCCCCGGCUCUGGCCCCGUCAAGCGGGCAGUCAGGAAAAAGCUCGCCGGGAAGGGAUGGCCUGGUCGGUCUUCCUGUCCCAACGGACAGGGCUCCGCGGUUUUUGAAGGAGGCCAGGUCCGGCUCGAGUCCGCAGGUCGAGGCGUGAUGAUGGCCGCAUGUCCCUCCGCGGCCGCCGGCUUCACAACCUCCGGACUGUCGGUCAGAAAGAGCCGAGAAAUCUCGGAUUUGAUAGAUUUGUUUUCCAAGACUCAAUACAGAGUAAAGGAAGUAACCGCCCAGGUGGAAGCCAUAGAGAAACGAUGUCUUGAGCUGUUUGCAAGAGAUUACAAGUACAGUAUCAUCUAUAACUCAAAUGGAGAAGUGUGUGGCCACUACCCUCGUCAGAUCGUGUUCCUGGAGUAUGAAUGCACAGAUGUGGACAGAGACAGGUUUGAGAGCACGGUGCAGAUCAGUAAGCUGCAGGACCUGGUGAACCGCAGUAAACUGGCUCGCUGCAGAGGGAGAUUCGUCUGUCCAGUCAUCCUCUACAACGGAAAGCAUAUCUGCCGCUCCUCCACUCUUGCAGGAUGGGGGGAGUUGUAUGGACGCACAGGCUACAACUACAUCUUCUCAGGGGGCAGUGAYGACACUUGGACAGAGUCAGAAGAGCUUCCAGACGAUGAGAGUGCAGUCAGGAAUGGAGAAUCCCAGCUCUUUGACAAGGUCAGAGGUCACGACAUUAAGCUGCUGCGCUACCUCUCCGUUCGCUUCAUCUGUGACCUGAUGGUGGAGAACAAGAAGGUUAAAUUUGGUCUGAAUGUGACGUCCUCUGAGAAGGUGGACAAGGCCCAACGCUAUGCAGAUUUCACCUUACUUUCUGUGCCUUACCCAGGCUGUGAGUUUUUUAAAGAAUAUAAAGAUCGRGACUACACAGCUGAGGGUCUAGUGUUUAACUGGAACCAGGACUUUGUGGACGCUCCUUUGAAAAUCCCUGUGUGCUUUACUCAGAACUUGAACAUUGACUGGAAUCAGUACCAGUCAUGGGACCUGGUGGAACAGACCCAGAACUACCUGAAGCUGCUUCUCCACAUCAUCAAUAAUGAUGAUGACAGCGGCCUCCUGGUGCACUGCAUAUCAGGGUGGGACCGAACCCCUCUGUUCGUCUCCCUCCUCAGGCUCUCCCUCUGGGCUGAUGGAGUCGUGCAUGCCAACCUGGAGCCGGUUGAGAUCCUGUAUCUGACUGUGGCUUACGACUGGUUCCUGUUUGGUCACAUGCUGCCAGAUCGACUCUCCAAAGGAGAAGAGAUUUUCUUUUUCUGCUUCAAUUUUUUGAAGCACAUYGUCUCAGAGAAGUUUUCUGUUAUAAAGAAACAGAGGAGAAAAAACUCUCACUUCAGAGACGGGGAUUUCUCUGUAGAUGAUCUCUGCCAGCUCAGGUCCAGGGAUCGAGGCAGUGUGACCAGUCUGAGCAGCGACUUCUCCCUCAUCACAGAGGAGGUGGGUGGUGCUGCCUGCCCCACAGCUGACACUGUGGACCUGCUCUCCAACCAACCCCAGACGUGGAGAAAAGUGCCCGCCUCCUCUCCUUCCAUGGCUGUUUGGUACAAACAAAGUGCUUUAGAUGAGCAGUUCUUCCAUCCUGCCACCGAGGCCAAGUCUUCCAGCUCCUCCUCRUCCAACCAAUCAGAGAAUGGGGUCACACGCUCUGGCAGCAGCCCAUUGGCUGUCCCCAGUCGAAGGUUAGCAGCAGACUGCGCCCGCUCAGGAUCCUCCCUAUCCACAGACUAUGGCAGCUGGCAGAUAGUUUCUGGGUGUGGCAGCAUCCAUGACCACGCCCACUUUCAUCAACCUCUGGCCUCAGCUUCCUCCAACUCAUCUGCUGUGGCCUCUGCCCCCAACUCCCCCCUCCCCUUCAGUUUUCAGGAUGAAGGGCCCAGUGGACGAAUGUGUCMGUUUCCCUCGGAGCGUCAGGCCCGCCUGGAGGCCGUGAGGGAAAUCUUCCUGGCGGCCUACAGCUCCACCGUGGGCCUGAGGUCCUCAGCACCCAGCCCGUCCGGCGCCAUCUCCGGCCUGCUGGAGCAGUUCGCUCGAGGGGUCGGCCUCCGAGGCGCCAACAUUAUCGUGUGAYGAGGGAGCCCACACUCAGCUUUCAGCACGUCCAGAAUCAGAUGCAGAGAUUUAUUACUGCAGCUGUGUGCACACAGAAACCAAAACAAGACAGAGUGAGGAGCAGAAACAAGCAUCAGUGUAAAGCUUUGACUCUGAAGUCUUAUCUGCUCCACAGUUUGACACAAACAGGUCAGUUUUACCAAAGACCAAACUGAGACGUUUAAUACGUCUGUUUUAUUUCAUGUCUCAGUUUUCAUGACCCUGCAGAGCUGUGCUUCCUCAUCCAAGUCCAGUCUUUAACGGUUCAGGUCCCAAACACCCUGCUGCUUAUCACACACACACAGUUCAGUGGGUCUGUGGUUUCUGUGUGUAAACACUCUCCUGCAUCUGGUCUCUGGGGGUCAGCAGUGAAGUGCCAAACGUCUCAGAGGAUGUGGGUCUCUGGAGGUUCUGAUGUUUAAUGUUUUGCUUUGUUUUACUGUAAACUGUUGUCAUUCAGGGACUGCACUGCUUUCAGCCACAGAAACAAAAAGGGAAAUGUGUUGRAUCAGAAAGAAAACGUCUUCAUGUGCCUCUUCAGCUCUGUUUCUGUGAAUCCCAGGCUCUGUCUCGUGUCUUUACAGGGUCGGUUCUGCUGAUCCAAACAGAGCCUGGUGUUCUGGUGCUUGAUUCAAGUCUUUARUGGGAGGAUGAUGAGGAACUGGUGCUUCAGUCUUCAACACAAACACAAAUAAUAUCUGUGUCAGACAGGUCCAGCUGUUAAACUUCUAAUAAAAUGUGUUUGUUUUUCUUCUCCACACCCUGAUGGUUCCAGACGUGGAGCAGACUGUAGACCAGGUCUACACCUCCUGGUUUAUUUAUUCAUCAAACAGCAGCACUUCAUGGACCUGCUGCAGGCCCACWGCAGGCUGGUCUGAACAGAGCCACCGGGCCGGGCCGGGCCAUGCUGCUGACAGAGUCCAGAUGAAACACCUGUGGAGGUUCAGAAAGUGUUGCUGUGUCAGCAGCUGGACCGGCUCGGUUCUGUUUCCAGUUCUAAAGCUGGAGGCCGUUCCCUCUUCAGAACCCCGAACUUAACUAAAAUCUGUUUUAUUUUGGAAAUGUGUUAGCUUUUUAACCCCAGAAUCUGUUAAAGGAAAGAAGGAACAACGUGAGGUGAAAAGAUGAUCAGAACCAGAACCAAUGUGGACCGCCCACAUCCCAACAGACUGAUCAAGAACAAAUCAAUGUUCUGAUGUUUGCCAGAGUCUGAUUUCCAGUGCUGGGUGCUGUGUGUGGUGUUGGAUCAGGCUGCUGCAGCCUCAGACCUCCUCAGUAAAACAAUCAGUGUUUUAGUGCCUGCAUGUUGGUUCUGAGCAGCUUUUAACAAACCAGAUCACAUCCAAACCUCAAACUUCUGCUUGUCUUGUUCACACRUGUCAGAUUCUUAGUUUUAUAAAUAAUUUAAAGGUUUUUAUGCUGCUUUGCACCUGUCACGUGUCUUCUGUAAGUAUUUCUGUGUUUUGUACAGCUGGUGCUUUUUAUUUUUCUUUUGGUUGGAAUUUCUUUUAAUGAGCUUCAGGUGAAAACUGCCAAUAAAGACAAACUGGAUAAAGUUUU